UACCUUCACGGUUCCCAAUUCGGGUAAGCCGCACUACAAAAAGUUGAUCAGAACGUUAUAGUUCACUUUUUUUUUCCAGCUUGCCAACAAUAGCUGUGUCCUAAACGUUCAGCCCGACCUUCACUCUUUUUGCUCCAAAUUUUCUGGCCCGUCUGCUGGCCUCUACGCUCCUUAUAACUCACGCUCUUUUUUCGUAUCAUGUCACACGCUGCGUUUCUUGCAGCUGCCCUUCUCGCGUUUGCCUUGCCUCUUGUUUAUGCUGCUUCUGCCGAUCAAUGGCGAGGUCGUUCAAUUUAUCAAGUCAUCAUCGACAGAUAUGCUUUGCCAGAUGGCGCCGACCCCAACCAAUGCCCCUCGGGGACUCGUACGUGGUGUGGUGGGACCUGGAAUUCUCUUCGCCAGAAUCUAGACUACAUCCAAGACGCAGGUUUCACCGCAGUCUGGAUAAGUCCUGUUUCCCAAAACUAUGAGGGUCCGAGUACGCCAUAUGGAGACCCUUACCACGGAUACUGGAUUGCAGAUGCCUCUCAACUCAAUUCUCGGUUUGGCACGUCUGACGAUCUCAAGAAUCUUUCAGAUGAACUGCAUCGUCGCGGAAUGUACUUGAUGGUUGAUGUCGUUGUCAACGAUGUCAUGGCCACGUCAAUAACCCCUGAUUUAUCUACAUAUAUGUUCAAAGAACAGUCGCAAUACCAUCCAUAUUGUGUCAUAGAUUGGAGCAACACCACCAGCGAGGAACAAUGCUGGUUAGGUGACACCGUCGUUCCUCUUCCUGACCUCAACACAGAAGACCCAACUGUUGUUUCCGGGUUCAGUAACUGGAUUCAGUCUCUGGUUAAGGAAUACAACAUUGAUGGACUCCGAAUCGAUGCUGCGAAACAUGUCAACAUUGGCUUCUGGCCCGUGUUCUGUGGCAAUGCCGGUGUAUUUUGCAUAGGAGAAGUCUUUGGCUCGGAUAUCGACGACGCCGCUCUCUACCAGGGAUCCGAUGCCCUUGACUCAAUUCUGAACUACCCCAUGUAUACCGCGCUCCUUGAUGCGUUCACCAUUCCUGGGCCACAGAAUACGAGUGCCGUUACAGAUAUGAUUGCGCAGGAGGCAGCGAAGUUCAAGGACCCCACACUUCUCGGGAACUUCGUCGAAAAUCAGGAUGUUCCUCGCUGGGCGAAUCUCUCUACUGAUCCACAAUCUUUAUACAAUGUCAUGGUGUUCAACUUCAUGACUGAUGGCAUACCUAUUGUGUAUUAUGGCCAAGAGCAGGGCUUUGAUGGGAACAGUGAUCCCUAUAAUCGCGAGGCAAUGUGGCCUUCGAAAUAUGCCAACACUACAACAUACCAACUCAUGACCACAUUGAAUCAGUUCCGCAACUUCUUGGUCAACAACACGCAAUGGGCAACUACGCCAACGCAGGUGCUCACGACAUCACCAUACGGCAUCGCAACCUUGAAGGGGGAUUGUGUCUCCAUUAUGACUAAUAUCGGAUCUCCCCCUCAAAACAUCAGUAUUCCUGUUUAUACCCCAUAUCCUGCGAGCACGUCACUCACCAAUAUACUGACCUGUCAACAGUGGCCAGUGGGCAGCAAUGGCACCAUCGACGCACAGUAUAGUUUAGGAGGCGUGCCUCUUGUUCUCUAUCCCACUGUUCUUCUGCAGAAUUCUGGUUUGUGCGGAAAUUCGGGCACGACGGGUUCGACCAACUACGUAUCGUCGGCCCUGCCCACUUAUCGUCCUGUUAUAUCUCUUUUAGCUGUGUUUUUUUCUCUGUUGCUGGCCUAUCUGUCUUGUUUUAUGUAAUGUCUAGGGAUGCUAAUGGAUAAACUUGCAUGUUGAGUGAAAUUUCUCACAUCUCCGAC